GAAAACCAAUGCAUGCAUUAUUAAAACCCUCCCAUAGGCGGCGCCUUUUAGUAUAAAAAAGCAGCCUUGCUAGAAAAAAUCUGGAUUCUGUUCAAGAACAUCAGUUUAGUUAAGUCCAGGUAUAUUUUAGCUAUUAAAAAAGACAUAUACGGUCCGGAAAGCUCUUUGUAGUUUUCUAUGUUUUUUUUUAAAAGAUGCAUUUGUAGUGAUCAAAGAAAAUGAUAUGAAACGUACAGGCCAAUUGGCGUUUUGUGCUUUUUAUUAAAAUGUAUUUAAAACAAAAUUGAACUUUCAAGAAUCACCCACGAAAGCAAUGAUUUGACAUUUCAAUAAGUUAUGUUUAUUUUUGUGCGAUAUGUAUUCUCAUACACCCGGUAAUGUGAUGGAAACAUGCGUGUCUUAAUUCUCUUACGGAAUGUAUUAAAGAAUAAAUUGAUAAGAGAUGCUCAAAAGACGAGAUAUUGGACUUGAUGCCUUGCUCGGGCAUCCCUGAGACUGUGUUCCGGAAGAAUAGCUUCCUGUUUUGCCUCAGAUGAAAUUUUCAAGGGAAGACGGCGAUUUCGAAAAGGCAGCUCUCCACAACAGAUCAGCUGGGGCUCAAUCCAAGAUGUGUAGCGAGUGUUAUACCAACCAGACGUUUGUUUAUGAUGAUGGGACCGCGCAUAAAUACACAGCCAGAAGCAAUCAUGAGACCACGAUCUCAUUCCCAGAGUUCCAGUGGCGACAGGCUCUCACCUGAAACUGUGCAGAAGAACAGCAGCAGUAACGCUGGAGUUAUUCUGGAUAUUUCCAAUCUUAAAAUGACCGAGUUGGACUCGGAGGUGCCGCCGCUCCCGCCCCGAUACAGAUUUCGAGAUUUACUGCUGGGGGACCAAUCCUUUCAGAACGACGAUAGAGUGCAAGUCGAAUUUUAUGUGAAUGAAAACACCUUCAAGGAGAGACUGAAGCUUUUCUUUAUUAAAAACCAAAGAUCGAGUUUGAGAAUUCGACUAUUCAACUUCUCUCUAAAGCUGCUCACCUGUCUGCUCUACAUCAUACGAGUUUUAUUAGAUCACCCGGCAGAAAUCAGUGGAUGUAAUGUUAAUGAGAAUUGCCACAGCCCAAAUAGCACUGAAGGUUCACAAGAAAUCAACUGGCAUGUCAUAUUCUGGGUCAACAGAAGAGUGCCAGUGUGGGCAAUACAGGUUAUCGUUGCCUUAAUAAGUUUUUUAGAGGCUAUGCUUCUCACAUAUCUAAGCUAUAAGGGAAACAUUUGGGAGCAGAUCUUUCAAAUAUCCUUCAUUUUAGAGAUGAUCAACACUGUCCCUUUUAUAAUUACAAUAUUCUGGCCUCCAUUGAGGAACAUCUUUAUUCCAGUGUUUUUGAACUGCUGGCUGGCCAAAUGUGCACUGGAGAACAUGAUAAACGAUUUGCACAGAGCCAUUCAGAGGACACAGUCUGCCAUGUUUAAUCAGGUCCUUAUUCUCAUCUGCACGCUGCUCUGCCUGGUGUUUACAGGGACAUGUGGGAUCCAGCAUCUGGAAAGAGCUGGGAAAAACCUUUCUCUGUUCAACUCGUUCUAUUUCUGCAUCGUCACGUUCUCUACUGUGGGCUAUGGCGACGUUACUCCGCGGAUCUGGCCCUCCCAGCUGCUUGUUGUCAUCAUGAUCUGCGUGGCUCUCGUAGUGCUGCCACUACAGUUUGAAGAGCUGGUGUACUUGUGGAUGGAGAGGCAGAAAUCGGGUGGUAAUUAUAGCCGUCACCGAGCUCAGACGGAGAAACACGUGGUCCUGUGCGUCAGCUCUCUGAAAAUCGACCUUCUGAUGGAUUUCCUCAAUGAAUUUUAUGCACAUCCACGGCUUCAGGAUUACUACGUAGUCAUUUUGUGCCCAACAGAGAUGGACCUCCAGGUGAGACGUGUCCUGCAGAUUCCACUGUGGUCCCAGAGGGUCAUUUAUCUUCAGGGAUCAGCUCUGAAGGACCAGGAUCUCAUGAGAGCUAAAAUGGAUGAUGCAGAGGCCUGUUUCAUUCUGAGCAGUAGAAAUGAGGUGGACAGGACAGCAGCUGAUCAUCAGACUAUCCUGAGAGCAUGGGCUGUCAAGGACUUUGCACCAAACCGCCCUCUCUAUGUGCAGAUACUGAAACCAGAAAAUAAAUUCCAUGUGAAAUUUGCAGACCAUGUUGUGUGUGAGGAGGAAUUCAAGUACGCCAUGCUAGCCCUGAACUGCGUUUGCCCUGCCACCUCCACACUCAUAACUUUGCUAGUCCAUACCUCGCGGGGACAAACUCCCUUGGAAGCUUUAGACCAGAGACAAGGAGCAUACCACUCUAUAUUCAGGGAAGGCCAACAGUCUCCUGAACAGUGGCAGAGGAUGUAUGGACGCUGCUCGGGGAAUGAGGUCUACAGCAUCAGGCUGGGAGACAGCAAGUUCUUCGGGGAGUACGAUGGGAAGAGUUUCACUUAUGCCUCCUUCCACGCUCAUAAAAAGUACGGCGUGUGCUUGAUAGGAGUCAAGAGAGAAGACAACAAGAGCAUUCUGCUGAACCCAGGCCCCCGGCAUAUCAUGGCCUCCUCUGACACCUGUUACUACAUCAACAUCACCAAGGAGGAGAACUCAGCCUUCAUUUUCAAACAGGAAGAAAAGCACAAGAGAAUAGGAGUUGGUCCUGGGGGUCUUUACGAUGCUCCAUCAAGGCUCCCUGUGCACAGUAUCAUCGCCAGUAUGGGAACUGUAGCCAUGGACCUGCAGAACACAGAGUGCCGACCCAACAACAGCAGCAAGCUGGCCUUGCCUGCAGAGAAUGGAGCAGGCAGCAGGAGACCUAGCAUCGCGCCUGUCUUGGAGAUCGCAGACUCCGCCUCCAUUCUGCCAUGUGACCUAUUAAGCGACCAAUCAGAAGAUGAGACCACGCAGUCGGAUGAUGAGACAAUACCUGCUCCCGAGUACGUGAAAGGCUAUCCCCCGAAUUCCCCUUAUAUCGGGAGCUCCCCAACCCUGUGUCACCUGCUUCCUCAGAAAGCUCCAUUCUGCUGUCUGCGGCUGGACAAGGGCUGCAGGCACAACAGCUUCGAAGAUGCAAAGGCAUACGGCUUUAAGAACAAGCUGAUAAUCGUUUCAGCGGAGACAGCAGGGAACGGCUUGUAUAACUUCAUUGUCCCUCUGCGUGCCUACUAUCGCCCCAGAAAGGAGCUGAACCCCAUCGUCCUCCUCUUGGACAACCCGCCAGACAACCACUUUUUAGAAGCGAUAUGCUGUUUCCCAAUGGUCUACUUUAUGGCUGGAACUAUCGACAACCUGGAUAACCUGCUGCAGUGCGGAAUCAUCUAUGCCGACAAUCUUGUUGUGGUGGACAAGGAGAGCACAAUGAGUGCGGAAGAAGACUACAUGGCCGAUGCCAAAACCAUUGUCAAUGUGCAAACUAUGUUCAGGUUAUUCCCCAGCCUCAGUAUAAUCACAGAGCUCACACACCCCUCCAACAUGAGGUUCAUGCAGUUCAGAGCUAAGGACUGCUACUCUUUGGCACUUUCCAAACUGGAAAAGAAGGAGCGCGAAAAAGGCUCCAAUCUGGCCUUUAUGUUCCGGCUUCCCUUUGCAGCUGGGAGAGUGUUCAGCAUCAGCAUGCUGGACACGUUACUGUACCAGUCGUUUGUAAAAGACUACAUGAUACCCAUAGCAAGAUUAUUACUGGGCCUUGACACAACCCCUGGGUCAGGAUACCUGUGUGCUAUGAAGGUCACAGAAGAAGACUUAUGGAUAAGGACUUAUGGGAGGUUAUUCCAAAAGCUUUGUUCAUCCAGUGCUGAAAUCCCCAUAGGGAUAUACAGGACUGAGUCACACAUGUUCUCAACGUCUGAGUCACAGGAUAUUUGUGCUCAGUCUCAGAUCUCCAUCAACGUGGAAGACUGUGAGGACACCAAGGAGGUCAGGGAUUCCUGGAGCAAUAAAAGCACCCACAGGAACUCCACCUCCAGCGACCAAUCAGAGCACCCCUUGCUGAGGAAAAAGAGCAUGCAGUGGGCCCGGAGACUGAGCCGGAAAGGGAACAAGCCGGCGAGCAAAACCGAGCGCUUCAGCCAGCAGCGUCUGAACCUGUACCGCCGCUCCGAAAGGCAGGAACUUUCUGAGCUGGUCAAGAACCGAAUGAAACACCUGGGGCUGCCUACCACCGGCUAUGAGGAUGUAGCAAAUUUAACAGCGAGUGAUGUGAUGAAUCGGGUAAACCUAGGAUAUUUGCAAGUGAUACUCACAGAUGAAAUGAACGAUCACCAGAAUACCUUGUCUUAUGUUCUUAUAAAUCCUCCCCCAGAUACGCGCCUGGAGCUCAACGAUAUUGUGUACCUAAUCCGAUCGGACCCGCUGGCUCACGUCCCUAAUGAGCCUCAAGCGGCGAAAGGCAUAAUGAAACAAGACUUCGGGAGCGAGACCAGAGACGAGACCCAGCUCUGAAAAGGGCUCCCUUCCUCCAGCCCCAAACCGACCUGCUGCUUGUUCUGCUUGGCGAAGACGCCCUGGGAGUGCCUUGGACUUGACACAGCAACUGGCAGGGGGCAGCUGUCCGCUCUGAGACGGGGGAGAGGGCGGACUGGUGAGACGAGAACACGAAGGGGGGGAACCGAGAUGAGCAAGUGUCAGUUUGACAGACCCCUUCCACAAUGGCAGCACUUCUCUAAUCACUCUAAUCAGUGCGGUUGUGUGAGAAGAAUCCACACAACAGGCCCAGAAAAAAUGUGGGUUGGAGCAAGGCUUGUAUAAAAUAGUUGUUGACCUACUAAGAUGAUUGUGGGAAGGAAAACUUCGCACGGUGGUUACCUAAGUCAAAGAGCCAAUCACCAGGAAACUGGUGAGACCCCCCAGAGAGUAAAUGUUGCUAGUAGGUCACGCAGAGAACAAGACGCAUCUUUAACAGCCUUUUGCCAUGAUGCACCAGAUUUCUUAAAUUAUUUCACUAUUGAUUCUUUUGAGAUUAAUGAAAAACCACACAGCUGCGCCACACGAUUCAAUUUUCAGAGGUGUGUAUCAUUAUUUUGGCGUAGGUUAGAAUUUUUUCGCAAGCAACUGAGAAGUCUGUUGUCUUAACUGAUUUGGUUCGUGUAUGAUUCUUGUUAUUCUGUUAGUGACUUCAUCACAUAUCAUAGUAACAGUGGAACCCCAGAGUUCUAAGCACGUUUGGAAUGAGGGAAAUGCACAGUAUGUUCUUCUGAAAAAGGUCAUGGAUGUUCUUUCACAACUGAAAAUUCACAUAAUACACAUUAUAGUGAUUUGAAAAGCUUUAAGAAGAAAAAUGCCAAAUUGAAUCAUUUAAGUUGAUCUGUAACAUAACCUAUAUAUCCAAGCUUCCUUAACUUGUCAAAACCUUAUGCUAAACAGUCCCUUCAUUUUUUGUGCAAAACUAUUUUCUGCACGUACAGUGCUGUAUGUUAGUUUCCCCUCAGUUUCUCUUUUUAAAGUGCAAGUAAUCUUUUCUUUUCGGAUGUCUUAGUGUUCUGCUAUACAUGGACAAAAAUGAAAACAAAAUAAGAGCUUCGUUUUAAACUAUUUUAAAGCCUUCUUACUAAAAACAAACAUUUAAUACAUUUAAUCUUUAUCUUAAAAAUAUCCAAACUCACACCUCAUGAUCAAUUCUAGUCUGGAGAGUUAAGGAUUGUUGAAUAGUCUGUUGAUAACUAUGGUGUUCAUGUGUCUGAGAAUCUACUGUGUAUCAGCACACCUGUGUUAACUAGUGUGGCUCAGUGGUCUCCUUAUUAAAGCCUGUAUACUGUAUGUGUAUGCAUCACUAAGCCAUAUGCCAGCUGGUCUGUAUAUUGAGUGACAGGAUUAUAAUCAUCGUUGUCUUUAUCUUCUGCCUUAUUUAUUUCAAGUUAUGGUUAUAAAGUUUCAUUCCACUUUUUCUGGAGAAUCCUGUUGCCAGCCAAAUUGGUAAGUACUGUGGCUUCCAGAUUUAUUCAUGCUUUUGUCAAACAGUAGCUAAGGGUUAAUUAAGACAAUUAAAUGGUGGUGUACCUCAAGUGUGCCUAUCAACACUAAUCGAUAAAAUAUUUUAAAAUUGUAUGAAAUGGAGCAUUUAAUAUUGUAAGAACAGAACAUUAGAUUAUUUGCACAUAUUUCUAAAUACACAAUCCUAUAAUUUAACCUUAUCUUGUUCUUUAGAUUUUAGUUUCUUAGCAAAAAAAUUAAUAUGUCUGAACAGACAAAAUCAGAAGUUUCAUUAAUUUUGCUUUUAACUUCUGUUUAUCAAGAAUAUUAAUACUGAGCUGCUACUUUUGGUUGGUUUGAUUUAAUACUUUGAUUGCACACUGUUCCUCUGACUAUCAGCUAUCUAUAAUUUUUGCACCGUACUGUAUGUAGACUAAAACCCUGAAAUGAGGGAUUAGUAUCACAAACACUUUGAACUUGAGAAGACAAAAGGUCUCACUACUACAUUUUUAAAUCAUAGAUGAAACCUGUAACUGAUUACUUUUUAAGGGAGGAUGAGUAUGAUAUCUAUACCAGCAGCCAUAUCACCCUGCAACUCACCACUAGCAAACCACUGAAGCUUAGCAGGUGUGAGCCUGGUCAGU